AUGCAAUACCAACAGGCCCCCGGCAAGCCGAUACUGCAGCAAUCACCACCGGUACAAACCCGCGCACCUCCGCCCCAGCAGCAGCAGCACGGCUACGCAGCGCACCCGUCGCCGCCGCAGCACGCCCCGAUCUCGAAGCAGCCGUCGCCCGCGCCAGUCCCCGCCGUGGCUGCAAAGCAGAUCCCGCCUGGUGGCGCGCCCGCAAGAAAGUUCCUGAACGAGAAUGUCACGCCUGCCCUCCUGGAGGGAAUGACCAUGCUGGCACGUGAGCAGCCGAAAGAGCCCCUGCUGGCUCUGGCGAGGUUCCUGGAGGAGAAACAUAAGGAACUGGCGAGUAACGAUGAUAAGGAUGUUAAGAUGGAGGAUGCAAAUGGUAGUGCGUAG